GUCAUGCAGAAACUUCCGUCUUUCGCAAGCGAUUCCAGACAGACAGAAAGGAAAAUAUUCAAAAGAGUAAACGAGUCUAAUCAGCAGUCGGAUUGAGACUCACAGAGGGAUCGUCUGGGCCCCCCUCAUCGCGAGCCCCCCAGGAGUGAAUGACACUCCACCCCGUCCCUUCCACACCCUGCUGAGGAUGACAAUGGAAGAGAUGAAGAAUGAAGCCAACGCGACCUCGAUGGUUUCCAUGACGCUCUACGCUGUGAUGUACCCUGUCUUCAAUGAGCUGGAGAGAGUGAACAUGUCUGCAGCACAGACUCUGAGAGCGGCUUUCAUAAAGGCAGAGAAGGAGAAUCCCGGACUGACUCAGGACAUCAUCAUGAAGAUUCUGGAGAAGAAGAACGUGGAGAUCAACUUCACUGAGUCUUUAUUACGCAUGGCUGCUGAUGAUGUUGAAGAGUACAUGGUUGACAGGCCUGAGCGGGAGUUCCAGGACCUGAAUGAAAGAGCUCGUGCACUAAAACAGAUCCUCAGCAAAAUCCCAGAUGAAAUCAACGACCGAGUCCGUUUCCUGCAGACAAUCAAAGACAUUGCCAGUGCCAUAAAAGAACUGCUGGACACAGUCAACAAUGUCUUCAGAAAAUACCAGUACCAAAACAGAAGGGCACUUGAGCAUCAGAAGAAAGAGUUUGUGAAACACUCAAAAAGCUUCAGCGACACUCUGAAAACAUAUUUCAAAGACGGAAAGGCAAUAAACGUGUUUGCCAGUGCCAACAGGCUUAUUCACCAAACCAACUUGAUACUGCAGACCUUCAAAACUGUUGCAUAGGAGUUAUAGAAGUGUAUUUUAUUUUUUAAAUAUUCUUUAUAUGAACAAUGUAAAAAAACAACCUUUGGACUGUAAUUUAUGAUUCUCGUCUAGUGGAAGUAACACGUAAGGCAAGAUGGCUUCUAAAAUCAUUUCUAACCCCACAUAUAAUGUUCUUCAUAAACUGGAUUGACAGCCCAGUGUUCCUCAUAUGCUGAGCUUUACAGUCAUGCUAUCGCUAUGGAGAUGCUCUCGCUUGUUUUCUCCCUCUGUCUCGCUUCCGAUGUUUUUCUUUUUUUUCUUCCCACCUCCCAUUUUGUCCAGUCAGUCCAUGAGAGCCAAAAGCAUGGGGGCCUUUUAAAGGGGCAAGACGUGGGGCAAUUCAAAGGCGCUUGUAAAAGCUGGAGUUUAUCUGUCUACUCUGAUGCUUGGAACUUGAAUGAGAGAUGUAUAUUUAAUAGACAUUUGUUAACGGAAUUGUUCAAAUAAACAUCGCACAUGUUGG